AUGGAUGCUAUAGCUGAUAAGACGUUCGCUACAGAGGCAGGAUCAAAGAAUGUCACUGAGGAAUCACCAUCUCUUUUAACCAUCAUUUUAGAUACAAAUCCAGUAGUAUGGCACAAGAUAAGUGAUAAACUUUCACUAAAAUCAAUGCUGAAAUCACUAGUCAUUGCAAUGAAUGCCCACUUAGCACUAAAUAACUCAAAUCAAAUUGCUGUUGUUGCUAGCCAUAGUGAUGGAGCAAGGUUUUUAUACCCUUCAACAAAAACUGAGGAUCAAGAAACAUCAAAACCCAAAACAAGAUCAGAGCAUAUCAUAGCUGAGGAGGAUAACAAUGGCUAUGAAUCAAGAUCAAUAUCACCAGAGGCAGAAAAGUCAUCAACCAAGUUCGUUAACUCUUCAAUGUAUAGACAGUUUAAAGUUGUUGAUGAAAGUUUCCUAGAGAAUUUAUAUCAGUUGUUAAAUGAACCAAUACCCACGAAGCCUCCAAAGAAUUCAUUAUCAAGUUCAUUAUCAUUAGCAUUAACUUAUAUCAAUAAAGUUCAAACAAUGAAUAGCCUAAUGAAGGCUAGGGUACUUGUUGUUAAUAUUAGUCAAGAUGAACAAUUGAAAUAUAUUCCAAUCAUGAAUUGUAUCUUUGCUGCACAAAAAAUGAAAGUUUCAAUUGAUGUAUGCCAAUUAGGUACAGAUGCUACUUUCCUACAACAAGCAAGUGAUGCUACAAAUGGUGUUUAUCUUCAUGUUGAGAAUCUGGAUGGAUUGAUUCAAUAUUUUACAACUGCUUUAUUUAUUGAUCCAUCUAUCAAAAAUAUCCUUGUCCGUCCAACAAGUGGGAAUAUUGAUUUCAGAGCAUCAUGUUUCCUAACGGGGAAAGUUGUGGAUAUUGGAUACGUUUGCAGUGUUUGUCUAUGUAUUUUGAGUUUAAUACCUGAAAAUAACAAAUGCCCAGCUUGUGAUAGUGAAUUUGAUAAUCAUGUUAUAAUGAAAUUGAAAAGAAGACCAGUGGUGGUUAAAUCGAAAAAGAAGAAGAGAAAAUUGGAUAAUGGCAAUUCAUCAACUUCAACUCCAAAACCAUCAAACACACAAGCACCACCUAAAUAA